AUGGCAGGGCUCAGUGUCCACUCCGUUCUGGUGACUGGGGCCAACCGAGGCAUCGGCCUGGGACUUGUCCAGCAUUUCCUGAGGAUGCCAAAACCACCACAGUGGAUCUUUGCAGGCUGUAGAGACCCCAAGGGACAGAGGGCACAGGAGUUACAGAAUUUGGCCUCCAAGCACCCCAACAUCAUCAACAUCCCGCUCGAAGUCUCUGACCCUGCCAGCAUCAAGGCAGCUGCAGCCAAGGUUGGGGAGCACCUGGGGGGCUCUGGCCUGAACCUCCUCAUUAACAAUGCUGGAAUUGCAAAGCUCAAAUCCCUUGAUAUGGAGACAUUGGAGGACAUGAGCGAGGUUUACACCACCAACACAAUUGGGCCCCUGCUGAUGGCCCAGGCAUUUCUGCCCUUGCUGAAGAAGGCUGCCCAGGGGAGCCCAGGCUCAGGGCUCAGCUGCAGCAAGGCUGCCAUCAUCAACAUAUCCAGCAUUGCUGGCUCCAUCUCUUCUUUCUUUGGAUGGGACAUGGUACAAGCCACCUCAUAUCGCUGCAGCAAGGCUGCUCUGAACAUGCUGAGCAAGUGCCAGUCCCUGGCAUACAAGGAGCACGGCAUCCUCUGCGUCGCUCUCCACCCCGGCUGGGUGCAAACCGACUUGGGCGCUGCUGCCGGACACCCGCCCCCUACGACAGUGGAUGACAGCGUGCAAGGGAUGCUGAAGGUCCUCUCCACCCUCUCUGAGAAGGAGACCGGCACCUUCCUGGACUGGGAAGGAAAUGUCAUACCCUGGAGUUACAGAAUUUGGCCUCCAAGCACCCCAACAUCAUCAUCAUCCCGCUCGAAGUUGCCAACCCUGCCAGCAUCAAGGCAGCUGCAGCCAAGGUUGGGGAGCACCUGGGGGGCUCUGGCCUGAACCUCCUCAUCAACAAUGCUGCAAUUCUGAAAGUGACAACUCUUGAUACUGAGACACUGGAGGACAU